UCUAAAAUUCAUCCAAUAGGUACCUACUACCUACUCCAAUUGGCAAAACCCGUGGAACUCAGAAACUGACCAUAAACUAUUCACCAUUUCACCCACAAAAAAUGAAUCUUUACUUGGAAGCACCUUCAUCUCCUAAAUUCUCAGAAGAAAUUAAGUAUAAUCACCCGCCUCAGCCUAACCAAAGCACCUAAACCCACUUGUCAAUCGCCCAUCCUUAAACAUUUCAGACUUUGACUCUAAUUCCUGACAACAUCAAACAGAUGGAAAACAUUCUUAGAUUCAUCAAAGGAAUAAAAAAUAAUAAUGAUAAGAAUAAUUACUACAUUCUGUGAUGCUACAUACGUAUUAAAUUAGUCUUUGGUUCUUUUUAUCUACUCACAAAGUUCAGUAAAUAUGUCAGAUAAGCAUCGCCCGAAUAAAUAAAUUAAAUCGUGGAAGCUACGCUGAUAUAUAGGUACAUGAUACACACAGUUACAAGAGGACUUCAUCUCACCCACACUGCACAAAAUGACUUUAAUCCGAGAAAAUGAGCAAUCAAGGAAAUCCACAGAAAACCUAGAACCCACCAAGAAAUUGUUAGCAAUAAAUCACGAUGAAAGCGUAAAUCAACCAAAACCAGUGGAAAAAUAUCACCUUUGGUCUUCAAAACGAUUUCUAAUGCUCGUUUUACUAUUCUGGGGAUAUCUACUCACAGUAGCAUUGAAACUCAGCAUAAACAUAAUUGUUGUCGAGAUGACAACGAGAAAAAACAUCACCAUCGACAAUCAAAUCAUUGAAAAAGCGGCUGAUUUUGACUGGGAUUCGAAAACCAUCGGAUUAGUUCAAGCAUCUACUAAUUAUGGCUUAUUGUUCUCCGCAUUUGGAGGAUAUUUGGCAACCAAGUUCGGAGGAUCUGUUACUUAUGGGAUCGUAAUAGCAUUGGAGUCUCUAUUAACUAUUCUCAGCCCUAUGUUUAUUAAAUGGAAUUUUUACGCUUUCAUUGGAUGCUGUAGUAUGGUUGGUUUAUUCGAUGGCUUCUCUUUUGCCAGCACAGGUGAAAUAUUCUCACGUUGGGUACCGCAGCAAGAAAGAUCAACAUUCAUGUCAGUCAUUCUUUGCGGAGCAUACAUCGCAGUCGCUGUGUCAUACCCUGUGUUUGGAAACAUUGCCUAUUACUGGGGAUGGAAAAUGGCAUUUUUUGCCGCAGGAGGAAGUACUUUUAUUUGGUCGAUUAUAUGGUUGAUCAUUGUAAGAAACGAACCAUCCCAAGACAAGUUUAUAUCAAAAGAAGAAAAGUGGUACAUUAUAAGUGAGACUGAAAGCAAACACAGAAAAGAGAUCGUCCAUCCUUACUGGGAAAUCAUCACUUCGCCAGCAGUUACAGCAAUGUGUAUAGGAAAAAUGACCUAUAGUUGGGGAUACUUCUUAAUAAGUGGAUGUCUUCCAUUAUACGUCAAAGAUGUACUACAGACAGAAGUAAAUGAAGUGGGAAUUAUUUCAUCUGUGCCCAAUUUUGCUUGCAUAUUCAUGAUACCUUUAGCCGGAGCAAUAAUGGACUAUUUGCAGAAUAAAACCAAAUUAAAAUCAAAUCAAAUACAUAAAAUUAUGAUGACAUUCGGAUUCACCUCUUCGAGUAUUCUUCUUAUCGUAGCUGCCUUCUUUUGCAAUUUUGCAAUAUCAAUGGCGUGCUUUGUACUGGUUAAAAUCAUUCUAUCGUUCAAUUUUUUCAUCUUACAAUUACUUUGUAUUUACUUAGCACCCAAACAUUCCGGCAUUAUAAUGGGAAUAUCUGCAUUUUGGUACAUCAUUAGUCAAAUUUUAAUGCCCUUUGCAGUGGGAUUCAUUGUAGCGAACCAUACGCUUCAAGAAUGGAACAUAUGUUUUCUGCUAAGUGCAGGGGUUCUGAUGCUUGGAGCUAUCGUGUACCUGAUUUAUGGUUCCAGCGAAAUUCAACCGUGGGCUGUGGAUAAAGAUUCGGGCGAUGAAGAUAAAAAAUGAUACAGAAUUGUUACCUCACUAAAAUAAAUUUGUCUUGAAGAUGGAUUGGAUGAAACACGAAUUAAAAUAAUUUCCUCAGCCACACAUCUUUCUUGAGCCUAUUAAAUCAUCUGUCAGUUCGUCACUAAAUUUAUCAGUCACCUAGGCUUUGUAAAAUUUGCACUUUAUGUCUGUGAUUAUAAUAACAAAACAAAGCAAUCUUUGUGUAAUGAAUUACGUUCGUUUACCUAAUAAAUCAUGCCUUCAGA